AUGUCUCAAGAAUACAAGCUCAAGGGCCUCUCGUCCCUUUCUCUUUCUCCAGGCGCCAAGCAGGAGGUUGAGGUCGAAGGUAUUGAGAAUGGCAAGGUUCUACUUGUAAACACUGGUGGCACAACACAGGCUUUGGGAUCCAAGUGUACUCAUUACGGCGCACCUCUCGCAAAGGGUGUUUUGACCAACGAUGGUCGCAUCACAUGUCCCUGGCACGGAGCCUGUUUUAAUGCGAAGACCGGCGAUAUUGAGGAUGCCCCCGCCCUCGACCAUCUCCCCGUAUUCCAAGUCACCGAACGAGACGGUGCCGUGUACGUCACUGGCGAAGAGAGCGCCAUCAAGUCCUCCAAGCGACAGCCCAACGUUUCAUGCAAGGGAUUCGGAGCCCUACAGGAAGACCAAGUCGUCAUUGUCGGUGGUGGUUCAGGCACACUGGGUGUUGUCGAGAGCCUCCGCGAGGAUGGAUGGAAGGGUGGCAUCACCGUUGUCUCGAACGAAGGCUACUACCCCAUUGACCGAACCAAGCUGAGCAAGGCUCUCAUGACCGACCUCGAUAAGUUGACCUGGCGAAACAAGGACUUCUAUGAAGGCGGCUCCAUCAAGUUCGUCAAUGGUUCGGUCAACAAUGUCGACUUCAACGGCCGUUUCGUUACAACUGAGGAGGGUGAGAAGAUCUCUUACACCAAGCUGGUUCUCGCAACUGGCGGUACCCCCAAGCGAUUGCCCCUCGACGGAUUCAAGAACCUCGAGAACAUCUUCACUCUUCGCAGUGUCCACGACACAAGAAAGAUUGUUGAGCAGAUUGGUGACAAGGGCAAGAAGAUUGUCGUCGUUGGAUCUUCGUUUAUCGGAAUGGAGUGUGCGGUUGCUACUGCCAGUGACAAUGAUGUGACUGUCGUCGGUAUGGAGAAUGUUCCUCUUGAGAGGGUCCUCGGUGAGAAGGUCGGUGCUGGUCUUCAAAAGGCACUUGAAGGCAAGGGAGUCAAGUUUUACAUGGGCGCGAGUGUCGACAAGGCCGAGCCCUCCUCAUCCGACUCUUCCAAGGUUGGUGCUGUGUGCCUCAAGGACGGUACUAAGCUGGAGGCCGAUUUGGUCGUUCUUGGAGUGGGUGUUUCCCCUGCGACCCAGUAUCUCCAGAACAACAGCAACAUCACACUCGAAAAAGACGGAUCUAUUAAAGUCAAUGACGACUACUCUGUCAGCGGUCUCCAGGAUGUGUACGCUAUUGGCGAUAUUGCAACCUUCCCUUACCAUGGACCUGGAGGUGAAGGUAAGCCUGUCCGCAUUGAGCACUGGAACGUUGCUCAAAAGGCGGGUCGUAUUGCCGCCCGUCACAUCGUCAGCCCUGGUGGAAAGACUGAGCACUUUAUUCCCAUCUUCUGGUCAGCUCUGGGAGCACAGCUGCGAUACUGUGGCAACACGAUGGCUUCUGGGUGGGACGACCUAGUCCUAGACGGCAGCGCGGAGGAGAACCAAUUCGUGGCGUACUACUGCAAGGGCGAAACGGUUGUGGCCAUGGCCAGCAUGGGCAGAGAUCCUGCCAUGGCCCAGAGUGCCGAAUUGAUGCGUGUAAACAAGAUGCCCACUAAGACGGAGCUCCAAGAGGGGAUCAGCGUCGUUUGA